UUAUUUAAAAAUUCGUCGACCUUUCACGUGUCCCUGAGUGACGAUGGUUCGAUCCUGGCGUCUCUGGAGCCAUCGGACCUGCAGGACAACGUCACGGCGUACGCAGCUCAGGUGUCUGGAGAAGCUCGGCUCCUCGUGGCCGAGUUCAGGAACACGAGCGAACUGCUGGUCUUCAACACUUCGUUCCACGGCCUCUGUUACUCUGUUAGUCUGCUGCUGAAAGUGGGACAGAGCUGGUCCAGACCCGAGAAGACCACGUCCGUCCUCACAAAGCCGCUUCCCGUCCACAGCGUCCAGAUCUCGGACUUUAAAGAGUCUCCAGAAACUGGCGUGGUGUUUGAGAUCGAGCCUCCGGCAGGAAACGUGUUCAGCCGAGUGAACAUCAGCUACACGGAGGCACAGGAGCGACGCUCCUUCCUCUACAAAGAUUUCUACAGAGGGAAGACGGUUUUCAAGCACUGGUUACCGGGCGUCUGUUACCGUAACAUCACCUUCCAGCUGGUCUCCGAGGCAACAGUGAACCAGACGGCGCUGGUGUCACACAGUGACAUCACACACUCACCUUUACACCACAGGACAGUGCCGUACCCCCCCCUCAACAUUUCCCGUAAGAUCGUGCCCCUGAGCCCGAGGGCGGGGCCGGGUGGCGCUGCCAGCAGGCUCCGCCCUGAGGGGAACCAGGAGAGCACCCUGUCGUCCCGUCGAGCCCGGGACGUCCCGCUGAUGGAGGAGCAGGAGGAGAACACUUCAGAGGAGGCGGCGGCAGCUAUUACUCAGGUUCCCUUCAUCCCGUCACAGAACCAGUCAGGAACCGCCGCCGCCCUCAGGAACCAGACGACGGAGGCUGAGACCCGGAGCUACUGGCCGGAUCCGACCGAGCCACAGGGCACGGAUGACGAGUUCGUGAACGCCGUUGUGUCUGAGUACGAAGACUCCAACGAGCCAGGCUCCGCCAUGGGCCUCCCCUCCGACCCCCCCGUCCUGCCCACCGAGCUCCUCCCCCUCCUGCUGGAGCUACGCUGGCUGCCCCCCCGACCUCCCACCAGCUACGACGGCUUCAACGUCUACAUCUACAGAGACGGGAACUCGACAGAAACAGCGACCGUGGACGAGAACACUCAUGAGUUCUUCACGGAGCUGACGGAGGCGGGGACGUAUCGAGUCCAAGUGACGACUCUGAGCUCGGCCGGAGACUGUGAAGCGAGAGAGAGCGCCGCCGACACCAGCUUCAGCUUCUACCUCAGUCUCGGCGGCGAGCUGUUGGAGGAGCUGCGUGAGCGUCCCCGGGCCGUUAGCGUCCGUCUGCUGGACUCCAGCACCGCCGCCGUCUCCUGGGCGGCGUCCCCCGAGGACCACAACGGCAGCGUGGUGUCCGUGGUGUCCACAACGUGUCUGAAGCCGAGUCCGAGUCAGAGGAUGGAGAACACGUACUGCGGCGAGGAAAACACGACGAGUGACAUCAUCACCAACCUGACGCCCGGCGCCCAGUACCGGGUGACGGUGUUUCACACCAACGGGCCUCUAACCAGUCCUCCGUCCGAACCCGUCAUCAUCGACAUCGAACCCACCGGCGUCCGCGAGCUCGCCAUUUACCCUCUGAGUCCGACGGCGGUGAUCCUGAGCUGGCAGCGCCCUUACCACGUGUCCUUCAGGAAGUACGUCCUGCAAACCUUCUUCUUCAACCCCGUCACGCUGGCGUCAGAGUGGACCACGUACUACGAGAUUGCUGCCACCGCCUCCAUCAUUGCUUCAGUGCGGGUGACCGACCUGCUGCCGGCGUGGUAUUAUAACUUCCGUGUUUCCAUGGUAACAUGGGGCGACCCGCCGCUCAGUUGCUGCGACAGCUCCACCGUGAGCUUUGUGACAGCUCCCGAGGCUCCUCACGUGUCGUCGGUGGAUUAUUCUCAUGGUGUCCUCUACAUCCGCUGGACGUACGGAGAACUCUUCAUCGACCUGUCCCACUCCCGGAUGCUUCACUGGCAGGUGCUCGCUGUGGGAAAGAAAGGAGCCGAGAGAAGCUACUCUGUGGACGUGACUCGUAACGUGAUGCGGGCGAGCCUCCCUCUGCCGCCGGGCGACAUCUACAACCUGACGGUGACGGCGUGCACGGAGCGCAGCAGGAACACGUCGACGCCAAACAUCAUCAAGCUGGAGCCGGCUCCUCCCACUUCUCUGUUUGCCGUCAACGCCACCGACUCAUCUGUCACUCUGCUGUGGAGCGAGGAGGGAGUGGUCGACUACUACCAGGUCGUCUGCAGAGCGCGAGGAGGCCGAGAGCUGAAGGCGCGGGAGCCUCAGACCGUCACUUCUCACCUGGUGACCGUUUCUGGCUUGACGCCUUCGUCCUCGUACAACUGCUCCAUCGUCAGCUUCAGCUACAGCACGCCCAGCAGGCCCGCCCACAUCACCAUCACCACUGUGGCUAAAGAGAUGAACCCGAGCGUGGCGGCCAUCUCGGCGCUCGCCGUUCUCAGCAUCCUGCUCGCCAGUCUCCUCGUUCUCUUCCUGCUCGUUCUACGAAAGAAACACCUGCAGAUGACCAGAGAAUGUGGAGCUGAGACCUUCGUGAAUUUUGCUUCGUUUGAACGAGACGGGAAACUUCCUUACAACUGGCGAAGAAGCCUCUUUGCCUUCCUUACCCUCCUGCCAUCCUGCCUUUGGACUGACUAUCUUUUGGCUUUUUAUAUUAAUCCUUGGAGCAAGACGGCUUUAAAGAAACGGAAACUAACGAGUCCGGUGCAGCUCGACGACUUUGACUCCUACUUUAAAGAAAUGGGCAAAGACUCGGCCUAUAAGUUCUCUCUGCAGUUUGAGGAGCUGAAGAGUGUCGGUCUGGAUCUUUCCCAUGAUGCAGCUGACCUGCCCGUCAACAGACCCAAGAACAGAUACACCAACAUCCUGCCGUACGACUUCAGUCGAGUCCAGUUAAUCUCGAUGCACAACGAUGAAGGUUCAGAUUACAUCAACGCCAACUACAUACCGGGAUACAAACAUGCGAAGGAGUACAUCGCCACCCAGGGGCCGCUGCCGGAGACUCGGAACGACUUCUGGAAAAUGGUGCUGCAGGAGAAGUGUCCCAUCGUGGUGAUGCUGACUCAGUGCAACGAGCGGCGGCGGGUGAAGUGCGACCACUACUGGCCGUUCACAGACGAGCCGGUGAUGUAUGGAGAGAUCAGCGUGGAGAUGCUCUCUGAGACCGAGUCUCUGGAGUGGACCAUCAGGAAGUUCAGACUGGGAUACGCCGACGAGUCUCAGGACGUCCUCCACCUGAACUACACCUCGUGGCCGGACCACGGCGUGCCCACGGUGAACGCCAUCGAGAGCAUCCUGCAGUUCGUCCACAUCGUCCGUCAGCAGGCAAACCGGAGCAAAGACCCGGUCAUCGUACACUGCAGCGCCGGCGUCGGCAGAACCGGGACCUUCAUGGCUCUGGACCGGCUCAUGCAGCACAUCAGAGAACACGAGUUCGCCGACAUCCUGGGGCUGGUGUCGGAGAUGAGGUCACACCGGCUGUCCAUGGUCCAGACUGAGGAGCAGUACGUGUUCAUCCAUCAGUGCGUCCUGUUGAUGUGGCAGAAGAAGAAGCAGCUGUCAAUCACCUCCGACGUCAUCUACGAGAACGCCAGCAAAACAUAAAGAGUCUCCUCCACACGCUGUGAAGCAGCUCCUGUGCGUCAGGCUUCCAUAUUCUGCAGAAGAAGAAGAUCUGCUUCAUCAUCAGUAUCAAGAAACAAAACAUCAACGUGAAAAUAAUAAUCUGAUUUUUGUUGGAAUUGGUGUAAAAGCAUGGGAUGGAGUUUUGCCUUAAGGAGCCGUCAAUGACUGAAAACCCGUCCGACCCCCCCGCCCUCUGAACGGACUCAUUCAGAGGAGCUAACGAGCUCCGCCUGCUGAUUGGACGUGAAGCCACGAGGCGGCGGAACUGAGUCGCACCUUUUUCAUUAUAUUUAUGUUUUUAAUCUCAGGAGUCGCUGAAGAACCAGCGAGCACACCGGCCUCGGCCCCCCCCGCCCUAACCCGUGUUCCGUCCGUGUGCAGCGUCCCGUCCCAGACGAGUCGCAGGAUGACAACAACUCACAUUCAAAACCACUCUGCUAAUGAACAGAGAAGAAGAAGAACCCAGCAAAUGUUCAACCAACGAGAAAUGAUUUCCUCCCGUCAUCACAAAAUUGACAAAAUAAACGUUUGAGUCGUUUUGUUUGUUGAUUCAACAUUGAGCGUCUGAAUGUUCGCUGGUUUGAACAAAAGCUAAGAGACACAAAAACAGUCGAUGGGAAAAAACGGCUCUGUUUGGAGUUGAGCGCCCCCUGCUGCCGGCCCGUCGCUCCACCGGCAGACGUGGGUUCAUACGUGAGAGGCUGUGGCUGUUUGUCCUUGAGGCGUCAGAGUUCCUGCCGCCGCCGCCGCCGCCUGAUGGAACCUGAGUCUCCGUUUGCGCCCUGAGCUCCGACAGCAGGCUUCUCUAAAGACAGAAUCUGAAGGACUCAUCGUCUGAUCAACAAUCUGCAGAGACAGAAACGUAUCCGACUCAUUUCAGCUGAAGCUAAACCAGAAGUUUCUCUUCAUGUUGCUGAAGUCGACAGAAACAUAUCGACACAGAUCUGCAGAGUCGACACGAGCCGUCCAAUUCUAAAUAUCAACAUGUGCAAAUAUUUAAUAAAACUACAAGAAUCUUUUCAAACUUCUUCCUUCAACUACAAAAAACAUUGUAAAUUGUAAUGACCCUAAUUUGUCUUUUUCAUUUUCCAAAUUUUGGUGAAAAGAAUGUUUAGAUUUGUUAUUGGUUCUUUAAUAUUUUGGCUCGUGUCGAUUUUUCACAUCUGCAGGAAUUCAGGAAAAAGUCGUGAACAUUUUCUGAAGCAUCAUGUUUGUUAAAUCAUUUCCAGAUUAUUUUCCAUCUUUCUACUGAAGAUUGAACUUUUCCACGUUUCUCCCGACGACUGUCGAGAAUGUUUCUGAACAACCUCCGUCUUCACUCUGCAUUCAGGAAGUACAGGGUGUUGUCAAAAUAAAAGCACAGCUUGAGGUUUGGCAAAGAGUUAAACGGACUAAAUGUCUGAUAUAAUGAUAUAAUUUCUUAUAUUUAUACAAUUUUAUCAUUAGAACUGUUUUAUCAGCUGACUUGAAUUAAACCUUUAAAAUGUCAGGAAACGCACGUUAAAAACCUAAAGUUUAGUUCUGACAUUAAAUCAGCGACUGUCCAGAUGUUUCAAAGCUCAGCACAAUUAUCACGUUUCUCUAGAAACUGCUUCAACAUCUCAACAAGAUUUAAUAGUUUAUUUUCUGAUGUGAGAAUAUUUACCCGAACAUCAACAUAUGUAAUUACGACUUAAUAAUUCAAGCUCAGUGAUGUUUGUUUUAUUUAACACGUGAGAUAUGAAAUAUCCAAUAUGAAACUGAUCCGUUAUAAAAGUUCAAUAUUAAAGCAACACAAGUUUGAGCAAAAGGUUUUUCAAUGAACAACUUAUUGUUUUUACUAUAUCAAAAAAGUUUGUGUCCAAAAUGUCUCCACUAAGUGAAUCUAAUGAAAGAUCAGAUCUAGAAUCAGUUGAGUUUGAUUCCGUCUGUCGGGACCUGAACGUGGAGUUUGAGUUCAGAUCCAAACGAAUCUGGGUUCCCAGAAGAAAUGUGAAAAAGCUGUUUUCAUUAUUUUGAUGACACCUUGUUUGUUAUUUGCAGAAACUUAGAGAGAUUUGAAUGUUUGACAAAAUGGCCGCUCAGUGUUAAAUGAUUCUCUUUGUGGCCUUGUGGUUCAAACACCGGACGUCGGGACCUGUUCUCCGUCUUGGAUCCUGGGCGCCACUGCAUCUGAAAUAGGUUUUGUUUCACUGUAAGAAAUCACAUGUACUGUAAAUACUACUACUGCUACUUCAAGUAUUCUGUUUCUACUCGUCAUGACAAAGUAAUUCUUGUGAAAAUGUUGCUUUAGAGGUUUGUUUUUUAAAACUUGUUUAUGUGAAUCAUCUUCGAGACACAACUUCGUUCUCGUUACGACGACGGUUCCGUCUCUCGAGUCGUCGGCGUGAACGUGUUUGGACGAGUUUACACAAGUCACAUGGACACGGGACCUUGUCCUGUGAGAACUCGUCAUGUGAGAACUCGUCAUGUGAGGACUCGUCACGUGAACACGUGGAACCUGCACUUUGGUACAACUGUAAAAAGAAAAUCACUGUAAACUCUUCGUGUCCAGUCAAACUUGUCGUUGGUGUCAUUUCUUGUGUCACUUAAGAUUCGAGGUCGAUCUCGAUCAUCGUCACAGUUUUAAUGUUUCUGUGUUGGAACAAAAUAAAUUGUUGCAUUUA